ACGUGCUACGGAGAGUUUCAUGGCGUCCUCCACUGCACCAACAGCGUCAAGUACUUCACCCGUGAAAAUACUCACGGUAGGCUCCGCCGUAGGGUCCAUACGUGACCUUUUUGUGAAAAUCAAAGCCAUCGAUGCGAAGCAUGGCAAAUUUGACUGUGUACUCUGCAUCGGUGACUUUUUCGGCCCCUUGAAAGAGCCAGGAGCUUCAGGGGAUGGAACAGAUGAAACCGAGCAACUUUUGAACGGCGAUAUUGAAGUCCCUUUGAAAUGUUACAUCAUGCAAGGAGAGAACCCUCUACCUGAUUCUGUGAUAGAAAAAUACGCCAAGACUAGUGGAGAGCUGUGCAAGGAUGUAUUUUUGCUGAAUAAAUCUGGGAUUAUGACGACCGCUCACGGACUUCGGAUAGCUUGUCUAGGUGGCAUCUACAAUUCAGGCAUCUACACCACCGCUGAAGCUCCUCCUGGGUUCGCAUCCCCCUUCUUCUCCACCCACACCGUCGAGCGCCUUCUCUCCAACACUCUCGUUAAAUCAUCCUCAAAAUCUCAAUCCAAGGAUCAAACUUACAAUUCCCUUACCUCCAUCCUCAACGCCUCUUCUUCCUCGCAGCUUAUCGACAUCCUCAUUACAAACGAAUGGCCUGCAUGCAUCACACAACACUCCUCAGCACCUUUACCUUCUCAAGAACUCUCAUCUGUAGGCGCUACACCCCUGGAUGAGGUAAUUAGGAAGGUAAAGCCCAGAUAUCAUUUUGCUGCGUUGGGUGGCCGGCCGCCGCAGUUUUGGGAGCGAGAACCCUUCGUAUGGGAUGAUGAAGCAGGAAGGGUUUCGAGGUUUGUAAGCCUUGGUGCAUUUGGUGCUGAAGCUACGGGUGGUAAGAAGCCCAGGUGGUUUUACGCAUUUUCCAUCGCCCCACCUUCUCCCUCAAAUCCCGCUCCAGCCCGCCCCACAAACGCCACCAAAAACCCUUUCACCGAGUUAGCUCCCCGCGCCCUAAAACGGACACUUGAAACGUUCGAAGUAGGAGAGAAUUUCAUAUGGGGAAACGUUCCACAGCCCGGCAAACGUCCACGAACAGACGCACCGCCAGGUGAGGAAGGCAAGCCGCCGCCAGGGUACAAAUGCCGGAGGUGUGACUCUACCGAGCACUUCAUCUCCACUUGCCCGGAACGCCAGAAACCUCCUGAAGGAUACGUGUGCCGCAUAUGUAAUACACCCGGACAUCUCGUACGUGACUGUCCUACACGCCACGCUGUGGGUGACACUGGUGGGCGAAAACCACGCCCUGGGUAUGUGUGUCGUGCAUGUGGGAGCGAGGGACAUUACAUUGAGGAUUGCCCGGUUGCUAAUGCAGGGCAGCGUGGUGGGGAGAGGGACGGGGGGAGGGGGAGGGGGAAGAGAGACCACAAGGAGAUUGGACCCGAUGAAUGCUGGUUCUGCCUCUCCAAUCCCAACCUCGCAAAACAUCUCAUCGUCUCCAUCGGAAGUGAAUGUUACGUGACGCUUCCAAAGGGUCAAAUUAUUCCUACGCAAUCCAACGCAGCCAGGAAUAACAGUAGUAUUGGUACUGUCCCAGGUGGAGGCCACGUCCUCAUCGUACCCAUCUCACACCACCCAACGUAUAACACUAUCCCUACUGACAUCGCACCUCCAAUUCUGGAGGAGACAGAUAAAUACAAGUCUGCUCUCCGUGCUCUCUAUGCCGCCCACAACGCAAGUGCCGUAUUCUUCGAAGUCGGACGUCUGAGCGCAAAAGGAGGACACGCGCAUGUACAAGCUGUCCCUGUCCCUACUUCGCUCGCGGGGAAGGUGGAGCAGGCGUUUAGGUCUCAAGGAAUUGAUUUCGAUGGCACAUUGGAAGAUUGUCAGGGUGCAGGGCUACCGGAUACGAGGAGGGGUAGGAGUUAUUUCAGAGUUGACCUGCCUGAUGGGAGGACAUUGGUCCAUCUGAUUGAGGAACACGCACCCUUUGGGGUGCAGUUUGGCAGGCAAGUCGUAACCGACAUACUUGGCAUUCCUGAUAGGGUGGACUGGAAGGCAUGUAUGCUUCCCGAGGAGGAGGAUAAAGCAGAUGUAAAGGCAUUCAAGGCUGCGUUCGCGUCUUUUGAUCCGUCGAUGUGAUCUUCACUUGUCAGCGUUCACUGCGAUUACGCCUGUAGGGUACUGGAAACCGUGAUUAUGACAUCUUGUGUUUCAUGCUACCCUGGUCACCAAUCGAAGUCAUUCAUCACACAUUACGGUAUUGUUUUAUUGUUUUCUGAUCGGACCAGCAUUGGACCAGCAUCCCAUGAAUACCGAAGAGGACUGGCGAAAUUUAAAUCGAUACAAUAUAGGUG